AAAUAAGUACCUGGGGGUGCCCACCCCAAAAUCUGCUCUGGCCCAGGACAAAUCAUAUGCCCCAGGAAAGGGGAGGGUGUCCUCUCUGAGAUGCCACUGUUCCCUGUCUGGCCAAGAAAUUCUAUUUAUGGUAGACUGACGUAAAGGAAACAGGGUUUAGAUAACCUAAGCUGUUCCCUUGAAGCCCUUUUUUAAAAAUGUGCCUGUCAUUUUUCGUUUUAAUAUGGAGAAGGGUCACCGGCCAGAAAGGGGCUUCCGGUCUCCCUGCGAAGCAGCCGAGGAGCUUCAGCCACUUUGCUCUUAACGGGUUAACAAAGGACAACGGAGCGGAAGAGCGCAAAGGCGGGACUUCCCUUUCCUGCCCCGCCUCCGUGCGAGAAAUGCAGGCUGGAAGCGCGGAGCUCUCUUUGUGCGCAGCGAUGUUGGCGAGCGGGGUUGCAAGGGGGGAGCCUGGAGACAAAGGAUACAUCUGGGGGAUCAAGGCUGAGGGAGAAACAUCUGAACUAUCACUGGAAAAAGCUGAGGAGCAGGUGCAGGAACUGAGGAGUCAAGAUGGAGAAAAGAGACAAGAGGAGAGACAAACUCACACCAGUGACAAACCUCAUAUAUGCUUGGAGUGUGGAAAGAGCUUCAGGUGGAGUAGCCACCUUACUGUACAUCAAAGAUGUCACACAGGGGACAAACCUUAUACAUGCUUGGAGUGUGGAAAGAGCUUCAGUCACAGAAGCACCCUUAGUAAACAUGAAAGAACUCACACAGGGGACAAACCUUAUAAAUGCUUGGAGUGUGGAAAGAGCUUCAUUCAGAGUAGCACCCUUACUUCACAUCAAAGAACUCACACAGGAGACAAACCUUAUAAAUGCUUGCAGUGUGGAAAGAGUUUCAGUCGGAGUGGCACCCUUAGUAUACAUGAAAGAACUCAUACAGGGGAGAAACCGUAUCAAUGCUUUGAGUGUGGAAAGAGCUUCAGUGACAGUAGCACCCUUCUGGUGCAUCAAAGCACUCACACAGGGGACAAACCUUAUACAUGUUUAGAGUGUGGAAAGAGCUUCACGUGGAAUAGCGCCUUUAGUCAACAUCGAAGAAGUCACACGGGGACAAAACUUAUACAUGCUUAGAGUGUGGAAAGAGAUUCAGUUGCAGUGGCACCCUUACAUCGCAUCAAAGAUGUCACACAGGAGACAAACCUUAUAAAUGCUUGGAGUGUGGAAAGAGCUUCAGUCAGAAUAGCAACCUUACUUCGCAUCAAAGAUGUCACACAGGGGACAAACCUUACACAUGCUUGCAGUGUGGAAAGAGCUUCAGUCACAGUGGCCACCUUACUUCGCAUCAAAGAGCUCACACAGGGGACAAACCUUAUAAAUGCUUGGAGUGUGGAAAGAGGUUCAGUCGGAGUAGCCACCUUACUUCGCAUCACAGAACUCACACGGGACAACCCUUAUAAAUGCUUGGAGUGGGGAAAGAGCUUCAGGUGGCAUAGCGCCUUUACUUCUCAUCACAAAACUCAUACAGGGACAAUCCUUAUAAAUACUUUGAAUAUGGAAGACGUUCAGUCAAAGUACCACCCUUACUUUGCAUCACAGAACUCACACAGGGGACAAAGUUUAUAAAUGCUUUGAGUGUGGAAAAAGCUUCAGUGAAAGAUGCAUCCUUACGGUGCAUCAAAGAAUCACACAGGGGACAAACCUCAUGAAUGCUUGAAGUGUGGAAAGAGCUUCAGUGAAAGAUGCAUCCUUACGGUGCAUCAAAGAAUCACACAGGGGGCAAACCUCAUGAAUGCUUGGAGUGUGGAAAAAGCUUCAGUGAAAGAUGCAUCCUUACGGUGCAUCAAAGAAUCACUCAGGGGACAAACCUCAUGAAUGCUUGGAGUGUGGAAAGUGCUUCAGUGAGAGAUGUGCCUUUAUGGUGCAUCAAAUAAUUCACACGGGAUAAACCUUAUAAAUGCUUUGAGUGUGGAAAAAGCUUCAGGUCCCUUACGGUUACUCUCUGCUUGCUGUUGUGCUGCUUUAAAAGAAAUUAAGCAUACAGCACACACAACCAACAAGGGUUACGGGCCCAGCAAACUAAGUUGAAUGCAAGUUGUAGCUGAAGCUAAAAGUGCUUGUGUGUAAUUUACAAGAGAGACUUUAAGUUAGAAGAAACAGCAGAACAAAGGUGAAAUGAUGGCUGAUGUGUCGAUGCUUGAGAGACGCAUUCCAAGGCUUGAGAAAGAUAACUACUAUCUUUGGACUCUAAGGUUCACAGCCCUCCUGGAUGGAGAAGAAUUAAAUGGAAUCCUAACUGAUCCUGAACCCUUGGCUGAGGAUGCAAACACAAUGGCUUCAUGGAGACCUAAGCAUGCAAGAGUAAAAUCUCUGCUCAUUUCUGCUCUAUCAGACAAAGCAUUAAAUCUCUGUGUUGGGUGUGACAGUGUAAAGGAAAUGAAUGACAAACUUGGAGGAUUCUAUAACAGGAAGAUGAAAAGCCACAUUAUGUCCUUUACAAAGUUAUUUUCUCUGAAAGAAACUGCUGAGAGAGGCAGUCUGAAUAAAUACAUAGAAAAGUUUUCAGAACUUUUGGCUAAAUUGGAAAUAUGUGGCAGAGUUCUGGAUCAGGGCGGUUGACACGAUCGCUCCCAUGCGCCCACUCCUAUGUAGAGCUCAUAUAGCUCCAUGGUAUACCGUGGAGCUGAGAGUGAUGAAGCAAGAGAGGAGGAGGCUUGAGUGCAGAUGGAGGCGAACUCCUGACGAAUGCAAUUAUGCCUUGGUGAGUGCCUCUUCUAAGCGGUAUAUAGUAGCGGUGAGGGCAGCGAAAAAGAGAUUUUUGCUGCCACAAUUAAGGCAUCACUCUCCCGCCCGGCGGAGCUUUUUAAAAUCGUACGAGGGCUUUUACAUUCUGGUCCUCGGGACAUCAUAGAUUCAUCUGUAGCCCGCUGUGAUGAGUUCGCGAGGCACUUCCAGGAUAAGAUCGCAUGCAUUCGCCGGGACUUAGACUCCAAUAUUAUGGCAGUGGGAUCUAAUGAAGCAUCCAGAACACGGUCUUGUCCUUGUUUAUUGGAUGAGUUUCAGUCUGUACAGCUUGAGGAUGUUGACAAGAUCCUUGGACUGGUGCGGGCGACCACAUCUGUGCUGGACCCUUGCCCCUCUUGGCUGGUGAAAGCUGGCAGGACCGGAACCGCUGGCUGGGCCAAGGAGAUAAUAAACGCCUCUUUGAGGGAGGGAGUGGUCCCUGACUGCCUAAAAGAGGCGGUAGUGAGACCGCUCCUGAAGAAACCCUCUUUGGACCCAGAUAACCUGAACAAUUAUAGACCUGUGGCGAAUGUUCCGUUCCUGGGCAAGGUGCUGGAACGGGAGGUUGCCGGCCAGCUCCAGGGGCUCUUGGAUGACUCUGAUUAUCUUGAUCCAUUUCAAUCCGGUUUAAGCCCAGUUUUGGCACCAAAACAGCCUUGGUCGCCCUGUAGGAUGACCUUUGUCGGGAGAGGGACGGGGGAGUGUGACUCUGUUGAUUCUCCUUGAUCUCUCAGCUGCUUUUGAUACCAUCGACCAUGGUAUCCUUCUGGGAAGACUCACGGAGUUGGGAGUUGGGGGUACUGCUUGGCAGUGGCUCCGCUCCUACUUGGUGGGUCGCCACCAGAAUGUAGUGCUUGGGGAACAUUGCUCGAUGCCCUGGACUCUCCAUUGUGGAGUCCUGCAGGGAUCGGUACUGUCCCCCAUGCUUUUCAACAUCUACAUGAAGCCGCUGGGUGCGGUUAUCAGGAGUUUUGGGGUGCGUUGUCAUCAGUACGCUGAUGACAUGCAGCUCUAUUUCUCCUUUUCAUCCUCUUCAGGUGAGGCUGUUAACAUGCUAAACCGUUGCCUGGCCGCGAUAAUGGACUGGAUGGGAGCUAACAGACUGAAGCUCAAUCCAGACAAGACCAAGACGCUGUUGGUGAGUGCCUUCUCUGCCCAGAUGGAGGAUGUUCAUCCUGUUCUUGUUGGGGUUACACUCCCCUUGAAGGAACAGGUGCAUAGCUUGGGAGUUCUUUUUGAUCCUUCCUUGUCACUUGAGGCCCAGGUGGCCUCGGUGGCACGGAAUGCUUUUUACCAUCUUCGCUUGGUAGCCCAGCUACGUCCCUAUCUGGACAGUGAUGAUCUCGCCUCAGUUGUUCAUGCUCUGGUAACUUCUAGACUGGACUACUGCAAUGCGCCCUAUGUUGGGCUGCCCUUGAAGACUGUUCAGAAACUACAACUAGUCCAGAAUGCAGCGGCCAGACUGCUGACGCGGACCAGAAGUUCCGCUCAUAUAACACCUGUUCUGGCCCGUCUGCACUGGCUUCUUAUUUGUUUCCAGGCUAGAUUCAAAGUGCUGGUUUUGACCUAUAAAGCCCUACACGGCAUGGGACCGCAAUACCUGGUGGAACGCCUCUCCCAAUAUGAACCUACCCGGACACUGCGCUCAACAUCUAAGGCCCUCCUCCAGGUGCCAUCCCAUCGAGAAGCUCGGAGGGUGGUGACUAGAACCAGGGCCUUUUCUGUGGUGGCCCCCAAACUGUGGAACAGUCCCCCGAUGAGGUGCGCCUGGCGCCAACGCUACUAUCUUUUCGGCGCCAGGUGAAAACCUUUUUAUACUCCCAGGCAUUUCAAAGUGUGUUUUAAUAGCAUUUUCAUUAUUAUUUUGUAUUCUGGAUGUUGUUUGGUUUCUUUGUUAUUUGUUUGUUUUGUUUUUUGAUUUAUUGUAUUUAUACAUUCCUUGUUUUU